CUGUUUACAAAUGGGGAUUUUGGUAGGAGCUUUAUUGUUACCGCCUUCAUUUGAGAAGGUUAUUAUUAAUGGCGAAUCUUGGGCUGAACUUUGUCUGUUUUUUUGUAGUAACUAUCACUGCUCUAGACCGUGCGAAUGCGGAAGAUGCCAUUCUUCCUCUUCCGAAGCUUCAUACACAAGAAAAGAAAAUGAAACAUGGUGUAACAAAACCGAGUGGCGUCAAACUUGCGAUUGAUAGUGACCUUGGUACCACUUCAAGGUUGACUGAGAAAAGAGUUCCGGUGCAAAGAAUUGAAAACGACAGCAUAUGCAUUGAAGAUCUGAUGAGGAAAUAUGGCGUCAUUGAUCAGAGUCUCGUCGGCCAUCCUGACAUGGCCACUAAAAUCUUAUCAGAUAUGUUUAGUAGCAGUGGCAUAACAAUUGACGCUAAUUUACCCAGCAAGAAGAUUCGAGCACAUCUAAGAUCUUUAAAGCCUGGAGAUGCUUGCAAGCUUCUAGAGAAUUUAGUAUGUGCAUGGAGAUCAAGAUCUGGUAGCGCUGAGCUUGUUUUGCGUUGGAUAUACUGCUUACUAGUAAUUCAUGGUCGUUUUAUCCCCUCGGAGAAAUCAAGAAAACUAAUUAGCGACCUGGAGAAGAUGUGUGCAGAAAGAUACACAGCAACUGAAGAUUUACUGAAGCUUUCUGGUCGUCUUCGGCUGAUAAUGGCACAGGUUGACAAGGAUGUGAAAGAUGUAUCGGCGAAGGCCGCAGUCCAAUCUGAUGAAGAGGAAGAAGAUGAAAUUGAUGAAAUGGUGUAUGGUGAAGACGUGGAUUUGUCUGAAAAUAGUGACGAUGAUGCUGAGUAGAAUCGCCGCAUUGUUGGCAUGUCUCCAAGAGACUUUUUGACUUUGUGUACGGUCAAGAUGUAUUUUUCAAGCUUAGAGCCCAUAGUCGAGUUUGUAAAACCGCGCAACGACGGAAGGUUGCACUAAUUUUGACAACAGGAGGUAAUAUUUGAAGGGCAUUUUUGUAUGGAAA